AUGCAGGGAUUUACUCCUGAGCAGAUGCAGAUAAUAUCGAAUCUGCUUGAUGAGCAAGUUGGAACCCUGCAGAGAGAAAAUGAUCAACUACGUCAACAGAUUUCGAUUUUGAGUGAUGGCACAUCAAUUAAACGUUCGGAUUAUCAGGAUUUGGAAGACAGGUAUAGAAAAGAACAAGAGGAAUCCAUGAAACUAAACCGUGAGUUGAAUGAUAUGAAGUCAAAAUACGCUGCAGCAAUGAAUCAAAAUAGAAUCCUUGAGACGCAAGUAAACAGUCACAACAAAGAUGUAAAUACAAGUACACAAGCAUUGAAAACUAAGGAUGAUAAAAUCAACCAAUUACAAGAAGAAAUUAAACAACUUGAUCAAAGAAUUAUGAAGCAAAAGCUAGACUUAUCAGCAUUUCUUAUGGAGAAAACUGAUAUGCAACAAAAGAUUAACGAUCUUUGCCAACAAAACCUUGAAUUACAGAAUGUAACGCAAGAAUUAAUCGAAAAAGACAACCAAUUAGUCAGCGCAUUAAGCGAUAAUGCAACUGAGCUUGCUGAUAAAGAGAGGCAGAUUGAUGAUCUCGAAAAGAAAAUCAGAAAACUCGAAUCAAAAAUUCCAUCAAAAGAAAAUACAGAAAUAGAGAUUCCUCUUGCUUCAACAACAGAAAUAACUGAAUCUCAAACUGUCAUUGACGAAGGGUUACUUAAGAAAUACCAAGAUGUUAAAGCAGAAAAUCGACAAUUAAAUUCUCAACUCAGGCAAUUCUCAGAAGAUAUUAAGAGAAUAGAAAGACUCCAGACAGCUGUUGAGAAAAAGAAGAAAGAAAUUGACAUUCUACAGCAAAUGCUUGAUAAAAGUGAACAAGAAAAAAGAGAACUUCAUCAAAUUGCAGACCAGUUCAGCAUAGACCUGAAAAAUACCAAAGAUAAAUUAAGUAUUACAGAACAGACAUGCGAAGAAAAGGUUAAAGCCAUUGAAAGAGAAAUUCAAAUUUAUAAAGAAAGAUUUGACCAUGAUACAAACCACAGAGAAGCUCUAGAAGUCGAAGUUGUUGAGAAAACAAAAGAAAUCAAUGAGUUAAGAGAGACAAAUCAACAAUUGGAACGUGGCGAAUUUGGAUUAUCUCAAGCUGUCACUCAGAUCAAGGAAUUAAAAGCAAUGAUUGAUCUUAGAGAUAAAUCCAUCACACAUCUCGUAAGAGAACUCAAUACAAUGGAUAAAAUCAUUGAUGGCCUCGCUGGAGUUAUUCAACCAGAUUUUGAUGUUGAAAAAUUUAUCGUCAGUGUUGAAGAUGAUAUUGCAAAAGCUCAGGAUAACAGACUGAUGAUUGCUUCUCGCGAACUGAAUAAGCGAUUGGAUGAUUUAAGGCAUAAAAGACCGCAUUCUCAAAUUAAAAUUAUUAUUGAGAACAAAGAAGACCAGGAUAUGCAUAUGACAGCUACACUCUAUGGAAAGAAUAAUGAUAUAGAGUCAGGUGGUAGUGCUGUGCCUUCAAAUUUCGUUACAAGAGAUUUACAAAACGAUUAUGUGAACGAAGAAGAAGAUUUGAACACAAUCAAAGAGGAUGAAAAUGAAAAGACCAAGAGAGCAUCCUUUGAUGAGUUCCAAUCCAGCAGUUUACCAUCAGAUUCUUAUUCAAUAGAAUCAUUUGACAGAACUUCACAAGAAAGACUUGUUCCUCCUAAGCCAGAACCCGUAGAAGUCGAAUAUGCUGACAUAGAGACACAAUGCAGGCCAGAAACAAGCAUGAGUACAAUUCCAACAAUUAAACCAGAGCCAAAACCAGAAGAUAACACAUACAAAGACUGGAUAGAGAAUAUGAAACGUGAUUACAAGAAGGCUGUCCAGCAAACUCGCGAUCUUUCCAUGGAAAACGACGAAUUAAAAGCGAAGGUUGACAAAUUGUUCGAAGAAAAGAAGAAAUUACAAGACCAGCUUGCCAGGAAAGAUGAUGAAAAGAAGGAUCAUGAAGAAGAAGAGAAGACAUUGCGUAUGACAAUCGACAGAAUGGAACUUGAAAAUGAAAAAACGAGAAUCAAAGCGAAUAUCAAAGCAAAACUUUAUACUUCCGCAACAUUUUCAAGUGCAAACAUUCCUGCCAUCAUUCCUAACAAAUUACAGAGUUCAACAUUGGAUUGUUUGGUUGAUAAUCCAUCAGAUCCAUUAGUUUUGAAGAUUAAAAGUCCUGAAACAAUUUCAAUUUUGCCUUCUGAAGCAGAAUUGAAGAGAAUGAGAGCCAAAGAAGAUGCAGCGAAUGAAAAGGUGAAACAGGCAACAACAGAAAUUGUUUCUUUGCAGAGAUUAGUUGCUGAUUCUCAAACGAAACUCGAUCAGAAAGACAGAACAAUUAAAGAAAGAGACCAAACAAUCAACAGAUUGGAGAAAAAUAUGCAGGAUGAAAGAGAAAAAUACAAAGAGAGAAUACACGAGAUAACUAAGCAAGCACAAGAUACGAUGAAUGCACAGAUGAGAGAAGCUUUGGAUCCAAGUCUUUCCGGUGUUCACAGUACAGAAACUGAUUAUAGAAAACUUCCUGAAGUUUCUGAAUACAUAAAUAACUUGAAACGCGAAAAUAAUUCUUUGAAAGAAAGAAACGAAGAGUUGCAACAGCUGUUCCAAAGCAUAAAGAACGACGCUGAGUCAUUAAGAGUCAAGGUAAAACAACUGGAAGCUGAAAGGAACAAUAAUGAUGACGAAAACAAACCAGAUAGGGAUGAAAAUCAGCAAACAAAUAUGGAAUACAUGAGAAAAUUACAGAGACAAAACUCAGAACUGAAAAAGAAAAUCAUGUAUUAUUCAGAUGAAAAUGAAAAGUUGAGAGCUUUGAGAGAAAGAAAGGAAAUUGAUGAUAGAAAGAUAGAAGACAAUAAUGAUAAUAAUUCACAGGAAACUAUUGAGAAAUUGACAUUGAAGAAUAAAACAAUCGCUCAAAAAUACAAUAAUUUGAAACAAGCUCAUAUGGACCAAGCUGCUGCUCUCGAGAAAGAAAAACAGAAGGGAGAAAGACUUAAAAGCGCUCUACAGAAGAAGGAAGAAACUGUUCAGUUACUGACUGAAAAGAAUCAAAGAUAUAAACAUCAGAACGAAAAACUCAAAGCACUUAUAAAUAAGAAGAAAGAAGGUCAAAAUUGA